AUGACGUACCAUGAAACUGCCGUCACUUCCGCCGUCGACUUGUCCCAACGCUACAUCACGGAGUUCCAUCUUCCCGACAAGGCGUUGGACUUGAUCGACAAGGCCGGCGUGAGAGCGCACAAGCUCAACAAAACCCACGUCACUGAGGCGGAUAUCGAGCAGGUCGUAUCCACGUGUACGGGUAUUCCGAUGACCAAACUUUCUUAUAAGGAAUCGCAAUGUCUUCUUCAGUUUGAAGACACUUUGAAGCGCAGCCUAAUCGGACAAGACGAGGCCGUGACGGCCGUCAGCCGUGCUCUCCUCCGAGCUCGUGCCGGAGUAAAAGAUGAAACCAAACUCAUUGGCUGCUUCUUGUUUUCCGGCCCCACCGGGGUCGGGAAAACAGAGAUGGCUAAAGUAGUUGCCAAGGAGUAUUUUGGGUCCAAAGAGGCCAUGGUGAGGCUCGAUAUGAGCGAGUACAUGGAGCACCACUCCGUAUCGCGCCUCAUUGGAUCUCCUCCCGGCCACCCCGACCACCACAAGGGCGGCCAGCUCACGGAAAAGGUCCGACGAAGGCCGCAUUGCCUCGUCUUAUUCGAUGAGAUUGAGAAAGCACACAUUGCCUCGUCUUAUUCGAUGAGAUUGAGAAAGCACAUCAACAGGUGA